AUGCAAUGCGUUUUGCUUGUUCGGGACUCUCCUCGUGCACUUGCAUUGCAGCCCUCUCAUAAUUACAAUUCGAAUUCAGACGUAUCUAAUUCAGCAUUAGUCUUUGAAAAUACCCAUAAAACCUAUGACCGCCAACGUCCUCAAUGCAAUGUCACACUUGUAAAGGACACCGAAUUUAAUAAAAGCGAAUAUCGACAGCUUAGUCCAAGGCCUGUAUAUGGCUGUCUUGGGUUACUCCAAGUUGAAAAAGAUAUGUUUAUGGCAGUGGUAACAGAUUGCCAACAUAUUGGAGAAAUUAGACCGGGAGAGUCAGUGCAUCGAAUAUCAGACGUAGAAUUUUAUUCACUCACAAACAGUUCUUACGAUUCUGUGUCAAACUCAUAUGCAUCAUAUAGCUCCACUCGAAUAUAUGAUGAGGAUGGGAUAUUGAGUCCACAAAGUGAACAACCUGUACAAAAUUACAUAAAUCUAUGUGCACCACUCAAAAAGUUAUUAUCAAAUGGACAUUUCUAUUUUUCAUCAGAUUUUGAUCUUACAAGAACUUUGGCCGCAAGAAUAACGAUGACAGCAGCAGAUAAAUAUUCUUUUGAUGAUAAUUUCUUAUGGAAUAAAUAUAUGAUUAAAGAGUUAUUGAAUUUUCGAUCCAAACUAAGCAAAUCAAAUCAGGCAGAUAUGGAUCGUUGUGGAUUUUUGGUACUUGCCAUUCAAGGAUAUAUCGGCAGGCAAGAAACAAUUAUGGGGUCAAUGCCAGUAUCUUUAUCAGUUAUAUCUAAAUUAAGUUGUAAACGUGCUGGCACGCGGUACAACACUCGCGGAAUUGAUGACGACGGGAAAGUUGCGAAUUUUGUAGAGACCGAAACCAUCUUGCAAAUGCCUACUACUUGUUUCUCGUAUGUGCAAAUUCGUGGCAGUGUUCCUGUAUUUUGGGAACAACAAGGUCUCCAAGUUAUGUCGCACAAAAUUCAGAUUUCUCGUGGACCUGCAGCGACACAACCAGCAGUCGAACGCCAUUUUAAUGAAUUACAGAGUAGAUAUGGUGAUGUAGAUGUAAUCAACCUUCUUGGCAUAAAAGAGGGUGAAUCAGUUUUAAGUAAAGAAUAUAAAGAGCGUAUUGAUAGUCUAAAUGGAAACGGCAUCGAGAAUCGUGUACGCAUGACAAAUUUCGAUUUCCAUACUGUUUGUAAGAAUGGAAGUUAUGACAACGUCUCCUUACUGUUAAGCCAAAUUCGAGAAAGAUUGGAGUUUUUUAAUUUUUUUGUGUUGGAUAAGGAAACGAAUUCGCCCAUAUUCUAUCAAAAGGGUGUUUUUAGAACGAACUGUGUGGAUUGCUUGGACAGAACCAAUGUUGUUCAAACAAUUAUUUCGAAAACUAUAUUGGACUUGUAUCUUCGACAAAUAUUGUCCUUCACGAGAUAUGACACGGACGGUCUCUUUUCUCGACAUUCUUACUUAUGGGCCGAAAACGGAGACAGUUUGUCAAAAAUUUAUGCAGGUACAGGGGCUCUUAAGUCGGAGUUUACCCGUAGCGGAAAGCUUACUUGGUCAGGCGUACUUGGAGAUGCGACCAAGUCUGUAAAUAGGUUUUAUAUUAAUAACUUUCAAGAUAAGUCAAAACAAGAAGUUAUCGAUUUACUACUUGGAAAAUUAAUGUAUCAAAAAGUAAUCGAGAUACACGACCCUGUUCACGAAUUAGUAUUGGAGGAUAUGCAAAAAAGGACAAACGACUUUUCAACAAAAUCUUCAAUAAAUGUAUUCGUAGGUUCAUAUAAUCUCAACGGACGUUUGCCACAUGGAGAGUCAUUGUCAUCUUGGCUUUUUGCUUUUGACUAUCAUGAUCCAGAACCCGAACUUUAUGUUAUUGGGUUUCAAGAGAUUGUUGAACUGAUGCCCCAGCAGGUAUUUAUUUUACGACGAAUUUGGGAAAAAGAGAUAAGCGAAACACUAGAACGUCGACCUAAUAAACGCUCUGAUUAUGUCAUCUUGAGAUCCGGCCAACUUGUUGGAACAGCUCUUGUUAUAUAUGCAAGAUCAGAUAUAGUAUCCAAUAUACGUAAUGUGGAAUAUUUAAUGAAAAAAACUGGAUUGGGUGGGAUGGCAGGAAAUAAAGGAGCUGUUGCUAUUCGUCUUGAUUACCAUGACACGAGUAUGUGUUUUGUUACCGCACAUUUAGCUUCUGGGCAUUCGAAUUGGGAAGAAAGAAAUAGAGAUUACAAAACUAUACAUGAUGGCUUGCUUUUCAGAAAUGGUCGUCGUCUUGAACAUCAUGAAAUCAUUAUCUGGUUAGGUGACUUCAAUUAUCGAAUAUCCUUGGGCAACGAGGAGGUUCGAAACCUCAUAGCAGAUAAUAACUUUAAUAAACUGUUAAAGGCCGAUCAGUUAACAAAGCAAAUCGAAUGGGGUCAGUCAUUUACCGAAUACAUAGAAGGUCCUAUAACUUUUUAUCCAACUUAUAAAUUUGAUAAUGGCACCGAUAAUUAUGAUACAAGCGAGAAGGCUCGGGUCCCGGCUUGGACCGAUCGAAUCCUGUAUUCUGGUAAUAAGAUUCAGCAAAUUGGAUAUUCACGAGCAGAAAUAAGGUUGUCAGACCAUCGACCCGUAAUGUCAUCAUUUGAUAUUGAAGUAAUCAAAUAUGAUGAAGCCGCUAAAGAAAAGAUACAAAGAGAUUUAUAUUUUGAGAAAUUGAAGCUUGUUUCACAAGCCAAUCCCAACACUUCAUCAAAUGACGAAGGCUCAUGGAAUAAAGUAGCAAAGAAUGUCAGAAAAGUCAACAAUCCUUUGCUAGGGGAUAAAUUUGGUAAUGGAAUUAUUAAAAAGAAACUUGCAGAAAACAAAGUUGAACCUGUUGUUGGUGUUUUGAUCGAUCUUGACGGUAAAAACAACAGAAAGGAAGAAAAUUUGCCUCCUCCAAGUUCGGAGACACAUCAAUGGUGGAUAAAUGAUUCAGGUCCGAACAAAAUGCAUCUUUUAAGUAAAAGUUCACCCAAAAUAAACGUCGAACCUGGCAAAAUUAAAUCAGAUAAAACUAAAGGUCUCAGAAUGAUUAAUAAGAUGUCAAAAUUUAAAGUGUCCAACAAGGAAUGUUUCAAGGUUAAUGGAAUGAAGAUUCUGAAGACUGCUGCGGAAAUUACAAAAAUUGUACCGUAUUUAGACAGUAUCAUUAGCUUGUCAGACGAAAUUAUGAAAAUUCAUGAAAAUGCAACAUACAAUGAAAAGACUUGCAGGUUAAUGGCUGAUAGGGUAGAUUUGGCAAUGACGUCAAUAAAACUAUUGAAAAGACACGUGAAUGAUGAUAACAAUAAAUCUCGACGACAAAUGAGUUAUCAAAAUGCAUUGGUUUAUUUUAUUGAGGUAUUAAAACAUAUUAAAACAUUUGUUGCAAAUAUUUCUGGGACAAAAGGGUUUAAAAAAUAUUUUAUUGCUAAUGCGGUUACAAAUCAAUUUAAUGAAAUAAGAGAUGAGUUUGAUAAUGCUUAUAAGGCAUUGCACCUUGCUAUAUCCAUUGAUCAUAUUAUUAGUCGUGAAAAAGAAGAUAUUGAAUAUAAAUUGGAAUUAGAAGAAUAUAAAAAACAUUAUGAAACUAUUAAUAAUAUGGGAGGAAAUAUUUCUCUUCUAACUAAAUUAGUUGAACGUAUAGAUAAAAAUACUUCUAAAGAUGAUAAGCUUCUCGAUGAUUUAAGACCACCAGAGAUUCAUCCAAAUGAUAUUUCACUUCCGGAAAAUUCCGAAUUUCAUGAAGAUAUCGAAUUGAGGAAAUAUAAAAAUCUUGAUGUGGCAUGUAAAAAAAUUGAAUCUAUCCAAGAUGAUACUCCUGUUUCAAAAAAGAUUCAUUGUUUGAUUUUGGAAUGGGCCGAAUUAAAUAAUUUAAAAUAUGUUUACGAACAUCAUAAACUUUCAUGGGAUAUCAAAUUAAACAUUGCAAGAGAUGUUUUUCAAGGCCUUGGUUUCCUUCAUGCCAUUGGUAUUUUGCACCAUGAUGUAAGGGCGGAAAAUAUGCUGGUAACUAGUGGUUAUAAGUGCAAAAUAUCUAAUUUUAAUCUCAGUCGUGAAUUAAAUACCGAAUCUCGUGAAAUCUCGGACCUUCUACAAAUAGUUCGUUGGAUGGCACCAGAAAAACUUAAAAAACUUAACACAAAAAAUCCAUAUAACUAUGCGUGCGAAAUGUACAGUUUUGGAAUGUUCCUUUGGGAACUUUCUUUUAAUAGAAUUCCAUAUGAAAAUCUUGAUCCUGAAGGCAUAGAAGAACAUGUUCUCAAAGGAAAUCGAGAGACUUUGGAAUUUGAGAAAGGACCAAGUGAUAUUAUUGAAGGUUUUACCAAAAUUAUCACAUUAGCAUGGCAAGAAGACCAUCGGAUCCGUCCAAAAGAUCCAGCCGUUACCAGAAUUCUUGAAUCAUUGGUUAAAUCCCGUUCUAACAAGGGAAUUAGUCCAAUGGUCCCUUAUGAACAAAAUAAAACUGUCACCGUUACAUCCUUGGAAAUUUCACGAAACAUUUCUGAUACGGAAUAUGAUAUUGAAUACGAUGAAAAUUUGGAUAAUAGAAGGCUUAACUUGAUACCAUUUUGGGAAAGGAGAGCAGUAAAAUCAUGA